CUCAUCUCUGCGAACAUGUCAAUACAAAGCACGCUCGCAGAGAAACGGUUUCUGGAAGAUCGUUUCGCUGACGUAAUAUCCCCUAACCCCACUACCUCCGUCAUCCAAUCCGGCCAAGGUAUCAAAGUCCCUGACGGAGAAAUCGCGGCAGACAGUCUGCUUCUUCCUUUCGAAAAGAACCAGCCUGUGAGAAUGAAAGUGCUAAUAUUCGCCGCUGUUGCGGUGUUUUGUGCGCAAUCGGUGCUCGCUCUUGAUCCUCAUGAGCAUAAUAAAGUCGUAUGUUACUGGAACAGCACGGCCUUCGAGCGACAAGGACCAGGAAAAUUCCAGUUGGAUGAUGUUCGCCCAGCCCUGUCACUCUGCACACACUUGGUGUAUGGAUUUGCAGGAAUCAAUGCUGAAACUUUUGAAGUUGUUCCAUUGAGUCCAUCUUUGGACACUGGAGCAGGUUAUUCUUACUACAAGCUGACCACUCAGCUGAAGAAAGCUUUCCCAGAUUUGAAGAUCUACCUCAGUAUAGGUGGCAAUGCUGACCCUCCAGAAGACACUCACAAAUACCUUCUUCUUGUGAGUAUAGUUAGUGGAACUGAUGUAGUAAGGUCGUAAAUUAAAGAAUUAAGCAGUGACACCGAUUAAUGUAGACUCAUUUAGGGCAGAAUGCCAUUUAUUAAUUGAAAGAGAGAGAGGGGAGACUGAGAGACUGAG